ACUGACAUGAAACAAUAAGCUGUACGAUCGUUAAAAUAGAAAAUGUUCUCUGUAAAUAUAAACAUGUGCUUUUAAAAAUUUAUUAAAUUUUAAAUGUAAAGCUGAGUAAUUACGAUUUGAUGGAAUAAUAAAAAUUAGCCAUCAUGACAAAUGUAUUAAAAGAAAUUUAUGAGAAAACAGCGGAAUACACCGCCUUUUAUACUGGUGGAGAUAUACAGUGGUCAGUAGAUGGGGCUAAUCUGCUUUGCCAAUGUGAUGAUAUGAUCAAGGUAAUUGAUGUCAAUACACUUUCUACUAGUCUAGUCAUUGGCGACCCCGGUGAAGAUGCAGAGAGUGACCAAAUUUAUACUUUUCUAAUGUCUUACAACAAUGAAUCAGUUGUGUCUGCACAUAAAAGUGGCCUAAUGAAACUUUGGGAUCGAACUUCAGGCAAACAGCUGAAGGUUUGGCGAUCUGGCCACAAAGGGCCAGUAGCUCGAUUAGCAUUUGAUUCAAACAAUGAAAGCCUGGCUUCUGGGGGCUCUGAUGGCAAUAUCAGAUUAUGGGAUCUCUCCCAUCAUACCUGUACAAGCAGUUUGAGAGGUGCUAUGGGAGUCUUUACUGUAUUGAUAUACCACCCGGAUCCUUCAAAAGAAUUAAUAUUUGGAGCAGCAGAUGAUACAAAGAUUAGGUCAUGGAAUUCUAAAAAUGGAAAGGAAAGUGGGAUAUAUUCUGGUCAUUUCAGUAAAGUUACAUCAUUACAGUUUACUUCAGAUGGUGAGCAUAUGGUGAGUUCAGGCAGGGACAGGGUACUAAUCUUAUGGAAAUUGAAUGAAAGCAAAGCUUUGAGGGUAAUACCUGUGUAUGAAAGUAUAGAGUCUACUGUACUUUUGCCUCCUUCAUUUAAAAUACCACAUUUCACAAAAAAAUUGGAGACUGAUGGCAUUUAUGUUGCAUGUGCAGGAGAAAAAGGGGUGGUAAAAAUUUGGAACAUGCAUAUGAGUCGUUUGAUGUAUGAACAAAACAAUAGUUUGGUGUCUCCUGCAUCUGAAGAGGGUGGCCUUGCUGUCACACACUUGCUGUACAAUCAGGCUCGAAAUAUGUUAUCUGUGGUCACUGUAGAUCAUAAUAUAAUUAUACAUGAUUUGGAAACCUUUGGUUGUAUGAAGCAAAUGAUUGGUUUUACUGAUGAAGUGCUGGAUAUUAUAUUUAUAGGUAAAGAUGAAGCCCAUAUUGUUGUAGCCACAAAUAGUAGAGAUUUAAAGUAUUAUGAGUUAGAUAGUAUGAAUUGUCAAAUAUUAAAAGGUCAUACAGAUAUUGUUUUAUCCAUGGCUGCAUUUCCAACUAAGCCUGAAGUUUUUGUGUCAUCAGCUAAAGAUAAUUCCGUGAGAAUUUGGAUACAAGAUACUACCAAAAUUGUCAAAUGCAUAGGUGUUGGAACAAGGCAUACUGCAUCAGUGGGAUCUGUGUAUGCAUCUCAAACAUCCUCAAACUUUUUUACAUCAGUCAGCCAAGAUAAUUGUUUGAAAGUUUGGACUGUUCCAACUGAUUUAGAUAAUUGUGAGCAGCAAAUAAAAUCUAGUUACACUGAGCUGGCACAUAACAUGGAUAUUAACUGUGUUGCUAUUUCACCCAAUGAUAAAAUUAUUGCCACUGGUUCUCAAGAUAAGACAGCAAAAUUGUGGACGGAAGAUUUAGCAUUAUUAGGAAUUCUAAAAGGCCACAGGAGAGGGGUGUGGUGUGUUAAAUUUUCACCUGUUGAUCAAGUUGUGAUGACUUCUUCUGCUGAUUGUUCCAUUAAACUUUGGUCAAUUGCAGAUUUGAGUUGUUUAAAAACAUUUGAAGGCCAUGAGAGUUCAGUGUUAAAGGUAGAGUUUCUUAGUAGAGGUCAGCAAAUUAUUUCAAGUGGUGCUGAUGGGCUUUUGAAAUUGUGGAAUAUCAAAUCUUCUGAUUGCAAAAUGUCAUUAGACAACCAUGAUGGCAAAAUUUGGUCUUUGGCUGUUAAAAAAGAUGAAUCUGUGCUUGUAACUGGAGGGUCUGAUUCAAAAUUAGUGACACUUAAAGACGUGACUAUAGAACGACGGGAAAAACUUGCCAAGGAACGAGAACAACAGAUUUUGCAAGAACAAGAGUUAAAUAAUUUAUUACAUGACAAAAAAAUGGUAAAAGCUUUGAAACUGGCGCUGCGUAUGGAGAGACCAUUACAUGUUUUAAAGAUUGUGAAUGAAGUUCUAAAGUCAGGAACUGAUAAGCUAUAUGACACACUUAAAGAAAUCAAUAACACCCAAAAAGAAACACUGCUGAAGUUUGCUGCCGAGUGGAACACAAAUAAUAAGAACUGUCAUGCUGCACAAAUAGUUUUUAAUAUCUUAUCGCCAGAAAUAAUAUCUGGUAACUUGAAACUACCAGCCUUAGCCAGUUUUAUUGAAGGUGCUCUGCCGUACAGUGAAAGACAUUUUGAAAGAUUGACCAAUUUAUUGCAAGACUUAAAUUUUAUUACAUACACUGUAAACUGUAUGCAACCCCACUCUAUAAAUAAUCAAUAAAAAAUAUUUAAGGCUAA